GCAACCGCAAGGACAUGACGCUAUCCUCUGUGAUUAUUCCUUGUCGCUGUUGGUGAACUAAGGACUGCCGAGUACAACUCAGGGAACCAUGAUUCCUGUGACGGAAUUCCGGCAGUUCUCAGAACAGCAGCCAGCAUUCCGAGUGCUGAAACCAUGGUGGGAUGUGUUUACGGAUUACCUCUCAGUAGUUAUGCUCAUGAUAGGUGUGUUUGGAUGCACCCUGCAGGUAAUGCAAGACAAAAUCAUAUGCCUUCCUCAGAGGACAUCAUCACCAAACCAAACGGUGCCAUUACCAAAUCAAACAGAACUCAUCGAACCAUCAGCCCCUGUGACCCCAGUGCCUUUGGUCCAUGAGAUGAAGGGUCUGAAGACCAAUCUCGACCUACAACAGUACAACUUCAUAAAUCAGAUGUGUUAUGAGAAAGCAUUGCACUGGUAUGCCAAGUAUUUUCCUUACUUGGUUCUCAUUCACACCCUUAUAUUUAUGGUAUGUAGCAACUUCUGGUUUAAGUUUCCUGGAUCCAGCUCCAAAAUUGAGCACUUCAUCUCCAUAUUGGGAAAGUGUUUUGACUCCCCUUGGACUACCAGAGCUUUGUCUGAAGUCUCUGGAGAGAAUCCUGAAGAAAAGGAUAGCAAGAAAAAUGCAACCAGUAGGCCUAACCCUAAUACAUCUGCUGGGGAUGGUAACCUUGAGAGAACCCAGUCUCUAAAGUCCAUUCCAGAGAAGAUUGUAGUUGACAAACCAGCACCGAGUGUCCUGGACAAGAAGGAAGGUGAACAAGCUAAAGCUCUUUUUGAAAAGGUCAAAAAGUUCAGACUGCAUGUGGAAGAAGGUGACAUACUGUAUGUUAUGUAUGUUCGCCAGACCGUACUCAAAGUGUUGAAGUUUAUACUUAUUAUUGCUUACAACAGUGUCCUGGUAUCCGAGGUUCAGAUCACAGUAAAUUGUAAUGUAGACAUACAGGACAUGACAGGCUAUAGACACUUCUCUUGCAAUCACACUAUGGCUCACCUUUUCUCUAAGCUCUCUUACUGUUAUUUGUGCUUUGUGGCUGUCUAUGGAUUUACUUGCCUUUACACUUCUUAUUGGCUCUUCUACCGCUCACUAAAGGAAUACUCAUUUGAGUAUGUAAGGCAAGAGACAGGAAUCGAUGAUAUCCCAGAUGUAAAGAAUGACUUCGCUUUCAUGUUACACAUGAUCGAUCAGUAUGACCCCCUCUACUCCAAGAGAUUUGCGGUGUUCCUGUCUGAGGUCAGUGAAAACAAAUUAAAACAGCUCAACCUAAAUCACGAAUGGACUGCAGAGAAGCUUCGACAGAGGAUGCAGACCAACACCAAUAAUAGGCUAGAACUCCAACUUUUCAUGCUGUCCGGACUCCCAGAUACCAUUUUUGAGGUGACAGAACUGCAGUCCUUGAAGCUGGAGAUUAUCAACAAUGUCACUAUCCCUGCUGCUAUAGCUCAGCUGGAGAAUCUUCAGGAGUUGUCCCUUUAUCAAUGUUCCCUUAAAAUCCACACCGCUGCCACGUCUUUCCUGAAGGAAAAUCUGAAAGUGCUGCGAGUGAAGUUUGAUGACAGUCGGGAACUCCCACAAUGGAUGUAUGGACUGCGUAAUUUGGAAGAGCUCUAUCUGAUUGGUUCCCUGAGCCCUGAUGCUUCCAAGAAUAUAACCCUGGAUUCACUGCGGGAACUGAAAUCCCUUAAGACCCUGUCCCUGAAGAGCAACUUCACAAAGAUCCCCCAGUCUAUCGUAGAUGUUUCUAGCCACUUGCAGCGGCUGUACAUCCAUAAUGAUGGCACCAAACUGGUCAUGCUUAAUAACCUGAAGAAAAUGGUGAACCUCACUGAGUUAGAAUUGGUGCAUUGUGACCUGGAGCGCAUCCCACAUGCCAUAUUCAGUUUGAUCAACCUUCAAGAGCUGGAUUUGAAGGACAACAAUCUCCGUUCCAUCGAAGAGAUCAUCAGUUUUCAACACCUGCGCAAGCUUACCUGUCUCAAACUGUGGCACAAUUGCAUCGCCUACAUUCCCGAACACAUCAAGAAGCUGAGCAGCUUGGAGCGCCUGUACUUUAGCCAUAACAAGAUCGAGAUCUUGCCCUCCCAUCUCUUCCUCUGUACCAAGCUGCGCUAUCUUGACCUUUCCAACAAUGACAUCCGUUUUAUCCCCCCAGAGGUAGGUGUCCUUCAGAGCCUACAGUACUUUUCUGUGUCCUGCAACAAGAUCGAGAACAUCCCAGACGAGCUGUUCUUCUGCAAGAAACUUAAAACCCUCAAACUAGGUCGGAAUACGCUUUCCUUGCUCUCACCAAAGAUUUCAAACCUGGUUUCAUUGACUCACUUAGAGCUGAAAGGAAACCAUUUUGAGCUUUUGCCGCCCGAGCUCGGCUUUUGUCGAGCCUUGAAGCGCAGCGGUCUCGUUGUGGAGGACACUCUCUUUGAAACACUUCCAUCCGAUGUUAGGGAGAAAAUGAAAACGGAGUGA